GGCCUCUCUGGGACUAGUCGGGCUCUGGCCCGGAGUUCAAUCCCACGCACUUGUACCCCAGCGUGGGUGGCGGUGGGAUGAAGGGUUGUGGCGGCGCGACAGGCAGUUUUUUUGGUUUCUCCACAAACAAGAAGAGGAGAGAGUUCACUCAGCCCUUGCGAGAGGGCCUGGUACUUUCGUUCUAAAGCUUUCGUUUCCUCGGGGAACAGAAUUGCUACACGCAGUAGUUAUAAUUAUUCAAUAUGUUUCCACUGACUGAGGAAAACAAGCAUGUGGCCCAGUUGUUGCUCAGUACUGGUACCUGUCCAAGAUGUAUUUACAGAUUCUGUGGUGUGGAUUUUCAUGCACCUUACAAACUUCCCUACAAGGAGUUGCUCGAUGAACUACAGAAAUUUCUGGAAACUGAAAAAGAUGAAUUAAUUUCGGAAGUUCCAAACCCACCUCCUAAGAAAAUACGACUACAAGAACUAGAAGAUGGGAUUGAUGGGAUUGAUAAUUUAAGUCAAAAUGGAAAGGGAAGGAUCUCCGUUAUUGAAGAUGGUAGCAUUGCUUCCAAGAACUCAAAUUUAAAUGUGUGCAAUGUAUGUCUAGGAAUUCUUCAAGAAUUCUGUGAAAAAGAGUUCAUUAAAAAGGUGUGCCAAAAAGUUGAGGCCUCUGGGUUUGAAUUUACCAACUUGGUAUUUUCAGUCUCCUUUCCACCACAGCUAUCUGUAAGAGAGCAUGCUGCAUGGUUGCUGGUAAAACAGGAAAUGGGAAAACAGAGUCUGUCGCUGGGAAGAAAUGAUAUAGUUCAGCUAAAAGAAGCCUACAAAUGGAUAACUCACCCCCUGUUUUCAGAGGAACUGGGUGUUCCCAUUGAUGGAAAGAGCUUGUUUGAAGUGAGUGUGGUCUUUGCUCACCCAGAAACAGUUGAGGAUUGCCACUUCCUACGUGCAAUAUGCCCAGAUUGCUUCAAGCCAGCCAAAAACAAACAGUCAGUGUUCACUAGAAUGGCAGUUAUGAAAGCAUUGAAUAAGAUAAAAGAAGAGGAUUUCCGCAAGCAGUUUCCUUGUCCUCCAAACUCACCAAAGGCUGUAUGCACUGUUCUUGAAAUUGAGUGUGCUCAUGGUGCUGUUUUUGUGGCUGGGAGAUAUAAUAAAUAUUCCAGGAAUUUACCACAGACUCCUUGGAUAAUUGAUGGAGAAAGGAAGCUGGAAUCUUCAGUGGAAGAAUUAAUUUCAGAUCACCUUUUGGCAGUAUUCAAGGCAGAGAGUUUUAAUUUUUCCUCCUCUGGAAGAGAAGAUGUAGAUGUGAGAACAUUAGGAAAUGGAAGGCCCUUUGCAAUUGAGCUGGUGAAUCCUCAUAGAGUACAUUUCACUUCACAAGAAAUUAAGGAACUUCAGCAGAAAAUUAAUAAUUCAUCUAACAAAAUCCAAGUCCGUGACUUGCAGCUUGUCACAAGAGAGGCAAUAGGACAUAUGAAAGAAGGCGAAGAAGAAAAGACCAAGUCCUAUAGUGCCUUAAUAUGGACAAAUAAAGCCAUACAGAAGAAAGACAUUGAAUUCCUAAAUGGCAUAAAGGACUUAAAGAUCGACCAGAAAACACCUCUGCGGGUCCUUCACCGGAGGCCCCUGGCUGUGAGAACUCGCAUUAUUCAUUCCAUGGAGACAUGCUAUGUGGAUGAACAUCAUUUCCACCUCUAUCUGAAGACUCAAGCUGGAACCUACAUUAAAGAGUUUGUGCAUGGAGACUUUGGGAGAACCAAGCCAAACAUUGGCUCUCUAAUGAAUGUGACUGCAGACAUUCUUGAGCUGGAUGUUGAGUCUGUAGAUGUUGACUGGCCCCCUGCUCUGGAUGACUAGCUUUCAAAUUUGGACACACAGAGUAGGGUUUUCGUGGCAUGAUGUGGACCUCCAUUCAGCAUACACUGUAUAAUGGCUGUUAACUCACCAUUACAGUGUCUUGGAAACCAUUUGGAUCAUGUUGAUCUAUGUAUUUUAAAAUUUGUUGUAACAUCUCAGGAUCUAUGUAUGUGUAUAUUUUGUGUUAAAUGUUCUAAGGAUGUCUUACGAUUUUUCUUGUUCCCUCUCCAACCCCUACAUGCCAGACUAUGAAUAAUGAAAACAUUCUCUUAAUUCUUUCAUUUAGAGAAGUACACAAACAGGAUACGUUCUCUGAUAAUCUGAGAAGCUAUAAUUUCUUUUAGCAAAAUUUCCCUCCACAAGACAUACCACCUUCAAAAUCAUGUUCUAAAUUUUAAAAAUGAUCUUGAUAAAAGUUAUAUCUAGAUUUAUACAGCACAGUAUCCUAUAAUAUUCUAAGAUAUCAAAUGCAAAUCUAACAUCAUUAAUAUUUUUCCCAGUAAGCUUUAAUCAAGCUAUUACCCACAGAAGUACUUUUUGUAUAAUCUGUCACAAAUCUUAAUGACUUCAAGUUACUAUUUUGACGACUUAAAAAUAUCAGUAUGUUUCCUGGGGAGGGAAAGUGAAACCUUAGGAAUUGAGGCAUACCCUGUUAAGAGACUUCCAUAAAUCUUUUAAAUAAGGAGACACAAGUGCCUUCAGUAACUUCAAACCCAGGGAUAAGAUUUUGAAAAAUUAAG